CAUUACCAAAAACUUCAUCAUCAAGAUAUGUUAGUAUAAAAACUGACCCAACUAAGUUAAUUUCAUAACGACAAAAGUACACCAAAGAAGCAGAAAUGUUGAUGCUGAUUGUUAUUCUUGUGUGCUGUGAUCGUGCCUUAUCAUGCUGUUUAGAUCCAGUUCCACCGACUCCAAGCAAUUUACAGCUACUACUACGCAAUCAAACCAGUAUUGCGAUCGGUUGGGAUUCUCCAGAUUUUGACAUACCCGUUAAAUUCAAUAUCCACUACGGGAUAACUCCUUUAACGAACUACAAAACUUCCGUGACAGCACCUGGUAAAAUGUUCAAAGCUCAUGGGCUAAAGGCUGGCACUGAAUACAAGUUCCAGUUAUCUGCCAGUUCUGCAGAUGGAGAAAGCCAACUUGGUGAUCCAGUAUUCAUAAGCACUCUGAAAGAUCAGAAAACAGAGUGAAGACAUGUGCUUUGAAAACACUAUACGAUGAUAGUUACUUUUUAUUUUUAGUUGUUUAAGCAAGACACACCAGUUAUGUUUAAAUACAUAUUAAAUAGUAUUGAAUACUGUA